AUGAUGAAGCACCUACUGGGAAUGCAAAUCAACCCAAGCAGAGCGAAGAAACCAGACCUAAAACAGACAAGACAGAAACAGGUUCUGAAAAAGGAUGUGAUUAUCCAAGAUGAUGAUGUCGAUUGUACUAUGACAGAAAAAAGGAUAUUGGCACUUGCUGCAAAACAUCCUUUUCUGACCGCAUUACAUUCAUGUUUUCAAACAAAGGAACGUUUGUUUUUUGUUAUGGAGUAUGUAAAUGGAGGUGAUUUAAUGUUCCAAAUACAAAGGGCAAGGAAGUUUGAUGAACCUAGAGCUAGAUUUUAUGCUGCUGAAGUGACUCUAGCAGAUCUCAAACUUGACAACAUAUUAUUAGACAAUGAAGGACAUUGUAAGUUGGCUGACUUUGGAAUGUGCAAAGAAGGGAUCAUCGAUGGAGUCACAACAACUACGUUUUGCGGAACCCCAGAUUACAUUGCUCCGGAGAUUCUUCAAGAACUUGAGUAUGGGCCUAGUGUCGACUGGUGGGCUUUGGGUGUUUUAAUGUAUGAAAUGAUGGCUGGUCAACCCCCCUUUGAAGCUGAUAAUGAAGAUGAUCUGUUUGAAUCAAUUUUACAUGAUGAUGUGCUCUACCCUGUAUGGUUAUCAAAAGAAGCUGUGGCUAUUUUAAAAGGGGUAUGUUGA